UCUUGAACACAAGAAUCUUGACUGAGCAGCGUCUCUCUCUCUCUCUCUCUCUCUCUGCGAUGCAUAGACAGUCUCUGGGCUCGCCUGUCACGAAGAUCCAUGGCCAUGGUGCAGCCAAGGACGAUACCCUCAUUGUCGAAGAUCCAAAGCGCCGCGGCGGCGAUGACGACGAGUACAAAGCACUGAAGCCUCGCCGUCUGUCGUUGUCGUCACCGCCGCUUCCGAGGCCCGAGAAGUUCGUCCACGUCAUCCCCCUCCUCACCCUCCUCUGCUUUCUCAUUCUCUACCUCUGCUCCCACAGUCCCUCUCAGUCUGAUUUGGCUCAGUUCAAUGGAUUUAAGCGACCGGCCAAGCACAUUGAUCAACCGACCGAGAUUAACGAUGUCGAGCGAUAUAUUGAGCUCCAAAAAGGCGCUGUCUGGGUCCGAAGCCUCCGCAACUUGCAAGAGCUGGGAAAACGGCCCCCGAAAUCUCGCUCCCACCGAAAACUCGCCGAUUUAUAGGCCGCAUUUUCCGGUUCUCUCUCUAGAAUCCACACGUGAACUCCAUCUUCAUCGGUUUGUUCUGUAAUCUAGCACGUGCAAGUACAUCGGUUUGCAGCAUGGCUUUUUUUUGUUUCGGAUUUGUAGAAAUUAUUCGUUAUCGAACGAACAACAGAUACCGCCGUGUCCAAUCCGAGACAGAAUAAUAUUAGAUGAACAGAAAUAAACAAUAAGAUUAUUUUUUCACAAGACUUUA